AUGCAGGCUGAGAGGAACACCUUGGCUGGGGGCAGAAAACUCUCCAAACCUCCCCAUGCCACCAUCAAAGACAAGAUCUCAAAGUGGGAAGGAAAGGAGUCUUCCCCAUCCCCACCAUCAACAACAACAGCUACUACUACACCCACUCAGAGUAUUGUGGAAAGACCUGACUCCUUAAUUAAGAGUGAUUCCAAACCCACCAUGGAGGACUCCAAAAGACCAACCAGCAGGGAGAAGCAGAAAAACAAUGGGAAGGAGAACAUAGGAAAGGAUGGGGAUUCAAUGCCUACCUCCCCAACAGUCACUACAGUUCCUCUUGUGAAAAGAACAGAAUCCCUGAAAAAGAUUGAUGCCAGACCCACCGUGGAGGAGCACAGGAGUAGACCAGCCAGCAAGGAGAAGCAGCAGAACCAUGAGAAGGAGAAUGUAGGAAUAGCAGGGGAUUUGAGGCCUACCUCGCUUGUGGGGCCUGUAAAGGACAUUACUGUGAAAAGAACUGAAUACCUGCAGAAGAAGGAUGUCAGACCCUUCGAGGAGCAGCAUGAAGGACACUGCAGCAGGCUGGCCAGCAGGGAAAAGCAGCAGAACAUUGGGAAAGAGAUCAUAGGAAGGGCUGGGGUUUCUCGGCCUAAUGUGGAGCCUGUGAAGGAGCAGGUGAUGGGGAUGCUGAAGAAAGACAACGUUAGGAGACUGGUGGAGCAGAGAGCUGUCUUCACUCUCUUCAAGAAGCUGGAGCAGACCAUGAGGGAGGAGAACCCCGGUAAGAGUCCUCUAGUGCUACCUGGCAACUACUUCUGCCCUCCUAGCAGAGAAACAGAAGUAGAGGCCAAGAGAAGGGAGUUAGAAUCCAUUUUAGGAAUACUGGACGCUGACCAGACGUUUGGGGGGUCGAGGCAAGGUGGGCAAGAGGGACGAGACCUGGAAAAUGUGCACACAGAGCCAGGGACACCACCCAUAAACCCAGUCCCCAAACCCCAGCGCACCUUCCAGCAAAGUACCUUCCAGCACCUCUCCAAAUCUGAAGGGAGGACCCGCUCAUUACUGAGACAUGGGAAAGUGCAGAUGAAUCUGCCCCCACUACCUUCCAUCUCCCCUCCACCUCUGUCCAACCAGCCUUCCUCCAACAUCUACAGGAGUCCCAGGACAGACAGACAAAGAGAUAGAGACAACCCAAACAGGAAAUCAUUUGAGUUCGAGGACAUUCUAUCAUGUCAUCCGCCGUAUCAUCAUUAUGAAAUCAUUACAGACUCUUCCAAGGAGAACCCAUAUGAGGACAUUGAGGUAUCCAGUCAGUGCUCAUCACAACCUUCUCUACCUUCCUCUCCUGGGUCAGAAUGCUCCAAGAUCUCGAGGCCUGGUUUCUUCAGACAGAACUCUGGUGGGAAGUGCAGCAUCAAGCUUCCAGAUCUGCGUAAGACCAACCACCACCGUAGUGAUAGUGGAGGAGGAGUAGCAUCUCCCCCACGGCUCAGCCCCCCCUCCACUCCUCAUAGCCCAGAUGAGGUGCCCCACUGGCUGUCUGGAGGAGAUUCCUAUAACCGCACCUGCAGGAGGAUACCAACGGAUGUGCUUAAAAUCAACAGCAUCUUCGAGGCUCGUGUUGGAAAGAAACAUCUGAGGAGGGUCUAUCACAUUGCUGAGACCAGCUCAGGGAGAGUCACAGAUGAAAAUACUGACUCAGAGAGUGAGAUAGAGGACAGGGCUAAAGCCCAUCGGCAGCGUCUGUCCUCAGUCCAGUCUAUCCUGAGCCAGCCGGGUGAGGGUCAGUACGGUAACAAACACAGCUCUCUGGAUCGCACCAGGAAUCUGAAGGAACUACAUCAACGCCAGCUCUUUGAGUACUUUCUGGUUGUGGCACUGCACAGCACCAAGGCUGGCAUCCACUACCUGCCGGUGGUCACACAGCACUUUCCCCUCAAGCUGGAGCGGAGCUUCAAGUUCAUGAGGGAGACAGAGGACCAGCUAAGGAUCAUCCCCCAGUUCUGUUUCCCUGAUGCUAAGGACUUGAAGCCAGUAGAGAACUAUCCCAGUGAAAUGUUCUCUUUUGUUUUGACUGGCGAAGAUGGAAGCAGGAGGUUUGGAUACUGUCGUCGUCUACUGCCCAGUGGGAAAGGAAAGCGUCUCCCUGAAGUCUACUGCAUCGUCAGCCACCUGGGAUGCUUCCACCUCUUCUCCAAGGUCCUGGAUGAGGUGGAGAGGAGGAGGGCCCUGUCUCCAGCCCUGGUCCAACCCUUCAUGAGGGCCAUUAUGGAGGCUCCGUUUCCUGCUCCUGGCAGACCCAUCACCAUUAAAACCUUCCUUCCCGGAUCUGGUACUGAGGUAAUGGAGCUGUGUCGUCCAUCUGACUCUCGCCUGGAGCAUGUGGACUUUGAGUGUCUCUUCUCCUGUCUGAGUCUGCGUCUGCUACUCAGGGUCUUUGGUUCUCUCCUGCUGGAACGUAGGGUCAUCUUCACUGCAGACAAACUCAGUACUCUGUCUCAGUGCUGCCAUGCGGUGGUGGCUCUACUCUACCCGUUCACCUGGCAGCACACGUACAUCCCCGUGCUGCCACCUGCCAUGCUGGACAUAGUGUGUACCCCCACCCCCUUCAUCGUAGGGCUACUGUCCAGCUCCCUCCCACAGCUCACAGAGCUACCCCUAGAGGAGGUGCUGGUGGUUGACCUUGGAAACAGUCGCUUCCUCAGACAGCUGGAUGAUGAGGACUCUAUCCUGCCUUCUAAACUCCAGUCAGCCCUAGAGACAGUCCUGGAGAGGAGGAGAGAACUGGCGUCAGAGCGAGGAGGACACGGUCCCAAUGACUCUGGCCACCUCAGCACCGUUGUGUCCGAGGCCUUUGUGCGUUUCUUCGUAGAACUCGUCGGCCACUAUCCACUCUUCAUCACCGAAAGGGAGGUUGACGCCUCCUCCACUUUCUCCUCCCCCAUCCCCUCUUCCUUCCAUCGUGAGUCCUUCCGUAAGUCUGUCUCGUCUAAGAGUCUGAGGCAGUUCCUGGAGGUCUUCAUGGAGACACAGAUGUUUGGCCUGUUCAUCCAGGAGAGAGAGCACCACAGACAGGCACUGAGAGGACUGUUUGAGGUGAGGGUGCAGGAGUAUUUGGACUCAAUUCAUGAUAAUGAGCAUCGCAGGGUUAACAAGUUCCUCAAAGGACUGGGAAAUAAAAUGAAAUUCCUGUCCAAAAAGUGA